AUGAAGGUCACGUCUGCCAUCUUCCUCAGCGCUGCUGCUCUGUUCCACGCUGCUUGUGCGGUCCCACUCGGCGAGAUCGACGGUCAGCUCUCUGGACGCGCCAGUAAGGUGUACGUUGUGACGGACGACAUCGUGGAACGCACCGGCAAUGAUGUAGACUCUCCAUCUCAGGUUACGAAAAACCUCGAUAAGCGUGGCAGCGACCUUUACACCGUCACCGAUGACGUGGUAAAGCGCGAUGGCGGAAUCGUGGCCUAUAACGAACUCGACGAAAGCCUUUAA